AUGCCUGUGCGCCUCAGGUACGUGGGCCAGGACGACCCGGUGGCGGAGAAGAUCUUCCGGCUGGCUGCGAGCCGGGAAGAAGCAGCAGCAGCAGCAGGAAAAGGAGACAGUUCUAUAACAACUUUGUUCGUGGGGGGCUUGCCAGAGGGGACGCGGGAGACGCAGCUGCUGCAGCAGCUGCGGCCCUUCGGGGAAGUGCUGGCUGUGCGCAUAAACCCUCUCAAGAAAGUGGCUUUUGUUUGCUUCGCAGAAAGAGCAGCAGCAGCAGCAGCACUGCAGCAGCUGGCGGGGCAGCUGGUGAUUGGGGGCGCCACCAUGCGCCUGGCCUGGGCCAGGCCCAAGGCCAGCGCCGAAGCAGCAGCGGACAGCAGCAGCAGCAGCAGCAGCAGCGCAGCAGCAGCAGCAGUGCCCGAGGGGUACCUCGCCCCCCCCGUCCCAGGACUGCCCCCCCUACCCUUACCCAUGGGGGCCCCGGGGCCCCCCCCUGCUGUUUUGGGGGCCCCUGUACCCUACCGUUCGAUGUUGCCUUCCGAGGCGGAGUUGUCGCGCCGCUGA